CUCACGACAGGUGUGCGACAUCAGCCGACAACAGUAUCCGGGCGAUUGCCUUCAGACCCGCUGCGGCUUCGCACCUGUACAGGAGCAAUGCAUUUCAUGGCGAUUGUGAUGUGCGUCAGUACGGUCGACGGUGUAGACUCCGCACAGUGGAGGAUUUUCAUGCGGGACCCCCGUGGCAGUGCAAGGCUUUCACCAACGGGAUCGGCAGAGAGGCGGUGACCACGUACUUGCGCCUUACACUGGGUGCGGGGCAGAACGACAAAGAGAAAGCGCUCUCGUGCAGAUCCGCUGGCGAAACCCAGCCCCGUAAGAGGCAGAUCUUCGCCGUGUUCGGCUUCAGAAAGCAACUCCGCGCAGGGGUUGCGGUAGGGGCUAUGGCUGUGCACGGACGAACAGAUGUUACUUACGACACGGCAUCAAGAGCGGAAGCGGCAUUCUUUCAACAGCUGAUGGUCUGCUCUCUGGUGCCAGAUAUACCUGGCGACGCCGUCUAG